AUGCCUCUCGGAGUCCUCGAGGAUAGGAAGCUCGAGCAUGUGCCCGGCACUGCUCCCUUGAACGAGCUCGGGCGCGAUGAUAUAAACGUCUCCGGUAUCGACUCUGGCCUGCUCAAGCAUGAUGCCAGCGGACAGAUUGUCCUGGUUCCUCAACCCAGCGACUCGCCAAACGACCCUUACAACUGGUCCCGCACCAAGAAAGAACUUUUCACGCUGACAUACGCGUACGGCUGUGGUUGCGUUGGAGCUGUGGGACCACUUUUGGGUGCCGCCUUCGUCCCACUUGCAGUAGAAUGGGAGGUCUCUUUGACAAACUUCAUCACUGGCGCACAGGGCGCAGUUAUCGCUGCUAUUGCUAUCGGGUCUCUUCUCUUCAACGCAUUGGCUGUUAAAUAUGGCAAACGUCCCGUCUACCUCGUCACUUCUGUGGGUCUCGCAGUGACCUGUUUCUGGGCCGCUGAAGCCAGAUCUUUCAAGUCAUUUGUUGCCGCUCGUGUUCUCCAGGGUCUUUGCAUGGCUCCCAUGGAAGCCUUGAUUCCUGCUUCAAUUGCUGAUAUCUGGUUCGUCCACGAACGUGGUUAUCGCAUGGCCAUCUUCAAUCUUGGUGUUCUCGGAGGUAUUAACUUGGCUGCUCCUAUCGCUGGUGCCAUUAUGGAAGCCAGCAACUGGCGAGUCGUUAUGCAUGCGAUGGGCGGUGCCUUUGUCCUCCAACUCAUUUUGACCUUCUUCUUUAUGCCCGAGUCCGCUUACCAUCGGACUGGAACGCUCAACAUCGAUACCGGAAAGCACAACGUCGAGACCGAAAAAUCAGUUGCUGCCGACCAUAUGGAAAACACCAACGAAAAGCGUGCAACAUCCACUCCGACAGCUGUCGACUCGGCUGUGGAACCAAAGAUGUCCUUCGCUCGGGAAAUGAUGCCAUACUCCGGUUAUGUCAACCACAUCUCGUUGCUCUCUACUACGAUUCGCCCAUUCGUCCUCUUGGCAUCUCCCGCGGUGCUGUGGGCAACCCUGCUCUUUACUACUUGUAUCUCCUGGCUGGUCGCCAUCUCCAUCACUCUUUCUCAGAUCUUCUCGGCGCCACCAUACAACUUCUCCGUUGCAUCCGUCGGCGCCACCAAUGUCUCUUCCUUUGUUGCCUCGAUCAUCGGAACUGCGAUUGCAGGCCCUGCCGUCGACGGCAUUGUCAAGCGCAUGUCGAAACGCAAUCACGGUGUCUUCGAGCCUGAAUUCCGACUGCCCAUUAUGGUCACCUAUCUCUUGUUCACAGCAACGGGAUUCUUCGGAUGGGGUCAAGCCGCAUAUGCUCAGGACCCUUGGCCCAUUCCAGUCAUCGUUUGUAUGGGUCUCAUCAACUUGGGAGUGCAACUUGGUACCACCGGCGUCGUCGCAUAUGUUGUCGACUGCCACCGUGAGCAGGCGGGUGAAGCAUUUGCCGCUAUGAACUUUAUCAAGAAUAUGUUCGCCUUCGGGAUGACAUUCUACAUCAACAACUGGAUCGCUGUGCAAGGUGUUCGUGAUUGCUUCUUCACCAUCGGGGGCAUCACCGCCGCUUGCACGCUUACUAGUAUCCCUAUGUACAUCUACGGCAAGCGAGCCCGAAGUUGGGUUGCAAGACACGACAUUGCGAAGAGAGCAAUGUAA